AUGUCUUUAUGUCAAAGAAGAUUCAUUGGAUAUUCGACAUCCAAGAUCCGCACUCGCUUGUUGAGUAGUGAUACAACUCAGCCCGUUGAGGAGGAUUUGCAUGUCGGGAAUACAAAGGAACGAGUGCUGGAUAGAUAUAAACAGAUCGGGGCAAAAUCAGGUCGACAGUAUCCCGAAUUUGUCAAGCGAAUCGCACCCCCUCUUUCCAAGUUACUUGGAAUAACAGUGCGCGCUGAGGGAAUGUCAACGAUUCAACGAGUAUAUCCUGUAUGCGCAAUGCAGACGGAAUAUCAUAGAGAUUAUUAUAUAGACGCAUGUAAAUUACCCGAUAAUUAUCAGACAUGGUUCUCAGUAACGGCGUUACAUCUAUGGAUGGUUAUAGUAAGGUUCAGGCCAGAGACUCAUGGAGAAACAUACAACGAGAUUUUGGUUAAUACGUUUUUUGAAGAUGUUGAGUGGAGAAUGUGUAAUCUUCAUGGUGUUAAACGCGGUUCAAUAGCAACACGGUAUAUCAAAGAUUUCCUUUCCCAAUUCAGAGGGGCCGUUAUGGCAUAUGAUGAAGGAUUAUGUAAAAGCGAUGCGAUACUGGCUGCUGCGCUGUGGAGGUAA